CCACACUCUGAUUGAGGUGUGCGUCCGUGCUUGACGCAGUGAUCGUCUGAGACCGCUGCGAGCUUGCAUUUGAAGCGUCGCAGUAAUAUCUCUCACCACGCAAAAGUUCAUUGCAAACAAACACUCGCAUCACACUGUGCAAGCAGUGGUCAGCAAGAAAGCGCAGAGCACCCACGCGCGGCGCGACCAAAACGCGGCCGGCGCAACAGUAACGCGCGGUAAGCAGUGCAGUCUUCAACCAUGGCAAAAAUGCGCACCGUCCUGCUGCUGCUCGUCAGCGCGAACGCCCUCGAGCGCCCCAAGCCCAAGGCGACAAUAAGAACGACAAAAGCCGACGUCGAGGCCGUCGCCAUCACAGAAGCGCUGCAGAACAUCAAGCUGAAAGUCACGGGCGGCGCCACGACGGGACUCGCCCAUAGAUUGGAGGUCGGCGCGUUCUUCGGCGGCUGGUAUGCGCUAAACAUCUACUACAACAUCAUCAAUAAAAAAGUGCUGAAGACCGUGGGACUGCCCUGGUUGGUUUCGUGGGCCCAACUCGUAAUUGGAGCGUUGUACGCUAUGGUAGGAUGGACCAUCGGCCGCCCAGAACCUUCAUCGGUAAGCGCAGCGGUGAAAGACGCCUGGCCCGUCGCGGUCGCACAUUGCGGCCAGCAGGUCACGACCGUCAUCUCGCUGGGUGCCGGCGCGGUGUCCAUGACGCACGUCGUCAAGGCCCUGGAACCGCUCUUCUCCGCUGCUGUGAAUGCCGUUGUGCGAGGCGAAAUCCUGCCGCUGCCGGUCUAUGCCGCUUUAGUGCCAGUGGUCGGCGGCGUCGCCGUGGCCAUCGCCACCGAUUUAUCGUUCAAUCCUUUAUCAUUUAGUGCGGCGAUGACCUCGAACCUGUUCUCCGGUCUCAGGGCCGUGCUCUCGAAGGCUAAUUUGGAACGAACGAAGCAGACGGCUCCGGAACUAUUUGGAGCGGCGACGAUCGGCGCCGCUUGUAUAUUAGCGCCGCUGGCCUUUGUGGUCGAGGGCUCGAAGCUUUCUGUGUUGGACGACCUCGAUACGAACCGGGUCGCGCUGCAGGUCGCGCUGUCGGGCCUAUUUCACUGUGCUUUUCGGUGUCCUGGGUCCUUCCUUCAACGUGCGCUUAUACGCCAUCGACGCGGCUCGUCGCUCGCACCGCGGCGACGGCGCGGGGGUCGGACGCGACUCGUGUCCGCGCAGACCUCAACAACGAGGUCAUGUACAUGUGCUUGGCAAGAGUGAAUCCCGUCACGCUAGCGGUCGGCAACACGGUCAAGCGCGUCGUGAUCAUCGCCGCGGCCAUGGUCGUGCUCGGCGAGGCCAUGGAGCCCGUGGCCAUGGUUGGGACCACCGUCGCCAUCGCGGGCGUGCUGCUCUACUCGAUCCUGAAGCAGCGGCUCGCCUAGGGU